AUGAAUAAGAGGAAGACAUUUACCUGGUUCGAUGAAUCACGAUUUCUCAUUCAUCACCUUGAUGGUCGUGUCAGGGUACUUCUGGAACUCUUAGUUGUUGCAGAACAAACCAUGAAUCUUGCGGACUAUCUGAACAUAACUGCGGAUCAGAUGCACCCUUACAUGACGUCUGUCUUUCCAACUGAAAAUGGAAUCUUCCACCCAGGGCAAUACCCCAUGUCACAAGAAAGUGUUAACAGUGCUGCAGUAAGUGAAACUGACAAUCAGAGUGAUAUCGAAGAAAUGGUCGUUGCAUGUUGUUUUACUCGUUGCCGGAUUCCCCGCACAAGACAGGAAAUCGAGGCGAAUCACAAGAGGAAUCAAAUUACACUCUUAUUUCGAUCUUACUUAGAUCGAGUGCCAGUUGAAGAAAUUGACCUCAUGUGGGCGCUUGACGUCGUUAAAGCUGCUGCAGAAAAAAGAAACUCCAAAAAGAAGAAAAAGAAAAAGACAAAAGUUGAAACAUCAAAAGAAAAUCUUGAAAAUUCUAACGAAGAAGAAGCUGAAAACGAAGGGUAUGAAAGUGACGGUGAACUUAAACCAAUGACACUACUGGAAAAAAUUAAGAGCUUUUUCAAAAAGAAACCUCCUACAGAAUUUAGCGACGAAGAAUCUAACCAAUUAAGCAGCAAUUUAGAUAACUACUCUUUAUAGCCAAAAUGUAUGUACCUAGAAAUAGUUAUAAUCAUAAAACAUAAUUAUUCGCCAAAUUCCAUUCGAAACUGAAAGUUUCUUUCUUUAGAAAAAAAUGUGUGUUUUGAAAACGUGACAUUAAAGUGUAGUAUUUCAAAAAGUAUUUUCCACAUUUAAUAAAGUAUCAGGCUAUACUUGGUCUGAUACUGGAGCUUUAGUCCUAUAAUCUUACUAGACAAGCAACAAAUUAUCGCUAUGUCUAAAAUAGCAUCACAAAGACUUACGAAUGUUAAAACAACCUUUUAUUAAACUUUUAAAGAAACAGGGCACGGCUCAUGUACAGCUAACUACCAUUUGUGCUGUGCAAAUAAAAUAAUAACAGUUAAAUAAAUUUAAACAUUGAUUCAGUAGACUAAGACUACACAAUUAGGAUAAAGCUAUAAGCUCUGACUUAAGUAAUUUACCAGCUUGUAAGUUUAAAGUACUGGCUCCGAGAGAAUGCAAAGCCAAAAUAAUUACAUUUAGCUAGAGCAGACAGAAUUCUAAAAUUCCUAUGCGGAUGUCAGAAAGUAUCUUUUUCCUUCAAAAUCCAAAAACCUCAGCUUAAAUAAACAACAAGCUAAAUUUGCUUUCUGGUGAGAAAUAUGGAAAGAAGUUGAAAUAGAGAUCAAAGGUGUACGCCGAUAACAUCGCGGACGAAAAUGUCGCGGAGACAACAACGCAAGGCGAAAACGUCGUGCUACAAAACGUCGUGGAAGAAAACAGACGAAAAAGAAAUUCCCAGUCUGUAUGUGACUACAAAAUUUCAUCAUUUUGUCAGUAAGUUUUAUUUUCGAAGUGCAGGAAACAAAAUAAUUAGAAUUAGAAAUUUAGUGUACAUAUAGAAAAUUUUAUAUUUUUGUAACAUAAAAAUUAUGCUAUUGCGAAAACAAUGUAAUAAAAGUAAAUAAAUCAAAUUUACCAUUUCAACAUAUUCAGUUUAGUAUUUUAUUAUAACUAAGAUAGUUUUUAAUUGGUAAUGUUUGAAUUUUGUAUUCCGAAAGAUUUUUUGUCUCUCAACGUUAAUUUAUAGGAAAUAAAAAUAUGUACUAUUAUACGCUUACGAUACGAAAUAAAAUAUUAAAGUUUAAAACUUACGUUUAAAUAUUUACGAUCAAUUUAAAGAGAAAUAUCUUUUUUUUUUUACUACCUCUAAAAGGAAUUACAUACCAUUUUAUCACAAAUCUAAAAUUACAUGAAUAUUUGUGUACUUCUGGAAAAUAUCUGUAAUAAAUUGCUGUAACAUUAAAUCCUUUCUGAAUUUAUUGUGAUUACUUUCAAUUUUAAUACAAUAAAAAUCACAAAACCUAAUUAUCUUGCAAAACAGUGAUAUUUAAGACAAAAAGUAAAUAUGGGCAAAGCGCUUCACUGGCUUGUAAUUAAUUUAAAACAGCCCUUUUUGCUUAGUUUGUUGGUUUCUGAUACCAAAAUUUAGCAGAAAUUUUACUUUUCAGUUCAAAAAGUUUCCAAAUUUAGGAUAAGAAGCAUACGAGUUUCUUUUCUGCUUAUAAUUUUGUAAUUAAAGAUUUAUUUAGUGAAUACAUGCAAACGAAUUUUAGCCUUUCGGUUCUUCAGAAAACAAAAUAGGCUCCUUAAUUAAAUGCUUCCAAGUUUUUUACAAUUCUUUUCUCACGCGGUAUAGAUAUUAUUUUUGUUUAAGAGAUUAAGGGCAUUUAGUGAAGUAUUCAGGCAGGAAACGGAGUAAAAAGCAAAACAAUAUCGCCUUCCGCUUCAUCCUUCACAUUAAACAUAAAUUUAACGUAAACGUAAUUAAACGUAAAUUUUCAAUCUUCAUAGUGGACCUAAAAUUCCUUGAGCUUAUACACCGUGACCCACAAAAGUCUGUAAACGGUCUUUAUUUUCUCAACUGUUGGUUGUAGUAACCUUUGGUCAUUUGUCUAUUGUGAUAUAGAAACUAAAAUUAGGAAUAACCUGGACUGGUUUGUGAUCUGAGGAUAACUCAUCCGUAAGAGUAAUGUGCAGUUGUUUACUUGCAUUUCAUAAAAGGAUGAAACCAAUCAUUCCCAAUGAACCAUAUGCUGUGAACCCAUUGGGGUUUCUGGCGAUGCUAUUCGGAAUCUGGUCGUUAAAGCUAAGUUGUAUAUUCGUAUAUAUAAAGAAGAAAGUCUGUAUUUGUUCGCGAUUAACUCAGACACUACUACAGCUAUCGACACCAAACUUUCUACAAUUCUUUUCUGGGUUUUGAAAAAGGUUGAUAUCCACUUUCUUCAAAAUAAUAAUAAUAAUAAAAAAGCUGAAAUCAGAAAUAUUAAUUUAAUUUUAAAAGCUAAUUUUUGCCUUCAUUUUUCCGAGUGGCAAUAGUUUCGCAUGCUAGAGAUAAAAAUCUGCUUAUUUCGAGGAGUGUUGCCACUACUCGCUUUCAAAUCGUAGAGUUUGUUAAUAACAAGGAGGUUAGAAUAGAAGUAGGGAAGGUUCAAAUCAAAUGGUGAAGCUUGGCGGCCAUGUUACUGCUAUCGCAAUGACGUGUGCAACAUUUUUUUCUUUUUUUUUUUAAAGCAUGUCAGCUUGUGUUGCAAAUAGAUGCAACAAAUAGAUUUUCCAGAAAGAUUCCUGGGAUUACUUUUCAUGCGGAAGUAUUGCUUAUCUUUUUUUAUGUAAUUGGAUAACUAUGUUAAAAAAUAUCACAAUGUCAUGUUGU